AUGACAACCCUCAUCCCCCGCCCCCCCUACUCCGACGCCGAGCUCGCCUCGCUCUACCCUCCCUCCCUCCACCUCCAGCAAGUCCAGAUCCUCCUCCGCCACGGCGAGCGCACCCCCGUGAGCGCCCGCUUCGCCAACACCGGCCUCGCCGCCUACUGGCCCUACUGCUCCGCCGUCAGCCGCUUCCGCUCCGCCGUCCUCCUCCAAUGGCGCCGCCGCCUCGAGUCCUUCGGCCCCAAUGACGCCGCCGUCCCCGCCACCGGCCCCGACGGCUCCCUCGACAACCUCUGCGACCUGGGCAUGCUCACCGACCGCGGCCGCGAGACCACGCACGCCCUCGGCGUCCGCCUGCGCAGGCUCUACGUCGACCACCUCGGCUUCCUGCCCGCCAGCAUCAAGGACGCCUCCUCCUUCAUGUACCUCCGCGCGACGCCCAUCCCCCGCGCCCUCGAGUCCAUGCAGCAGGCCUUCCUCGGGCUCUACCCGCCGCACACGCGCGACCCGGAUUUCCCCCCGCUCACCGUCGUCUCGCGCUACUCGCCCGAGGAGACGCUCUUCCCCAACGACAUGCACUGCCGCCGCUUCGCCCAGCUGUCGCGCGCCUUUGCCCAGAGGGCCGCCGAGCGCUGGAACGACUCGGACGAGAUGCGCCUCCUCACGGCCAGGCUCGGCCGCUUCAUGCCCGACGACAGCCCCCAAGUCGCCGUCGACUCCAAGCCUCGCCUCAGCGGCAUCAUGGACACGGUCAACUCCACCCUCGCCCACGGCCCGGCAACGCGCCUCCCGCGCGACUUUUACGACCCAAAAGUCCGCCAGAUCAUGGAAAAGGUCUCCGUGGACGAGUGGUUCGCCGGCUACGGCGAGAGCCGCGAAUACCGCGCCCUCGGCAUCGGCGCCCUGCUCGGCGACGUCGUUGCCAGGAUGGUCGCCAGCGCAGAGCGCAACGUCCCUCCCCCGGACACCGAAUUCGUCCACCCGCUCGGUCAGCAGCGCUCUUCUUCUACUGAGAAUGACGAUGCGACGAUUCGCUUCGGCUUGAGUGGGUGCCACGACACCACCCUCGCCGGUGUCCUCGCCAGCCUCGGCGCAUACAACACCGAGUCCUGGCCCCCCUUUACAAGCCACAUCGCCAUCGAACUCUUUCGCUCCUCCGACAAGCCCCCAGCAAGCUCAACACCACCAUCAUCAUCAUGGUGGCCCUCCUUCCUAUCUCCCAACAAGCAAUACCAGCCAUCAUCCAUCUACCGCAAGCCAACUCCCCAGCUCACGCCCGCCGAAAGGGAAAGCCUAGAGGGCUACUACGUGCGCCUCCGGUACAACGACGAGCCCGUCACCAUUCCCGGGUGUAAGCCCCAGGGGAAGCACUUGCCCGGUCAAGAGUCCUUUUGUACGCUUGCUGCCUUCAAGAGCAUCGUUGACAAGUUUACGCCCAGGGACUGGCAGGCCGAGUGCCGGGCGAAUAUCAAGAAGGCGGCCUUUCCGGAGGUCAAGGAGCCUGCUGGGUAUUGAUGAUGUGACGCAAGUAUGUAUGUACUAGCUAUCUGAUUCGGCAGUGAGCCUGCUCUGGCAGUGUCUUGGGUAUCGAUGCUUCCAAUGAGUGAGUUGAGCGAGCUUGUCUCAUGGACA